CACACACCCUGUUCUGCCCUGAGUCGGUGCUGCAGCAGAGAGCUGGUAGACGUUCGCAAGACAAGAACCAAGAACACUGCCGUUCUGUCCAGAGAGAGAAAGAGAGAGAGAGAAAGGAGGAGCACCCUGGGGUUAGGAAGAGAGAGAAUGUAUGAGAGGAUAAGCGAUAGUGACUUGUGUGAAUGUUGAGAGGUUUAGCACGUGCUAACAGCUGCUUUGACCGCAUUCAUUGGAUUCUUUCUGCACAAUACAAUCAUCUGCGCGAUGGCUAGACCUCGCCGGCACGGGAUCAGUCUUCCCAGAUGGGGCACGGGAAAGCAGGCAACACUAAGAUGACACGGUAUAUUUUUUUCCUCCAUCUCAUCCCCUUACGGCUACUCCACCCAUUCCUUCGGCAAACAGCAAUUAAUUAAUUCAAGCUAUCUACAAUAAAUGGAUCAAUAGCUUACAUGGUGCUUGAGAGGAGUGGAGUGCUUUCUUCAUUUUAGGAUUUACAUGACUAGAUCGGAAUACUGAGGACAACAGGACCGGAUAGGACCUGUCAUCCUUCUGUCUAUGGCAACCGCGCCGUCUGCGCCAGGAAUUCUACAGAUGAGGGACAACGCGCGUCUCCGGGUUUCCCGAAGGCACGGGCGCGCACGUCUUUCGACCAAAUGAAGAGAAAAAGAGAUGAAGAAACGGUUAAUAAUAAGACUUCACAAUGAGGAUGCACAAUGAGUUUAAAAAUGCGCACAAAAGGCAGCGGACAGACCCACGUGCUGCUCUUUGUUUGUUGUUUUUGCUGUACUACUACAGAAUAAUCCCUUAACACAAAGACUAGCUGCAGUUUCUUUGGCGUGAAUGACACAUUUGACACGCAUUUCGUUGCCUUAAAUGUUUAUUUAUGCACGCGCUAAAGUAUCGUAUCAAGACUCUUCUGUGGAAUAGCACGCUACUGAGAUGAUGUUUUCUUUGUCAGUCUUUUUGUUUCUGAGAUGCAUGGAGCACAUUACAGUUUGUAGAGGAUAUAAUGGCUAUCCUGAGGACUGUGUAAAAGUUAUUUAUUUCUAAAAGGGAGACGCCGACCGAACCACACCUUCGCUUAAAUGAAGACCGGCCGCAAUUACACAGGAAGGGAGAAAAAAAUGAUGCACGUCAACAACUUCCCGUUUCGAAGGCAUUCCUGGAUAUGCAUCCUGGAGUCAAAUGAAGAAGCAGAGGCCAUUAUUUCAUAUUGCUCAGAGUGCAGACGCAAGCUGAUUCAGCACAUCCCAGCAGCUUCAUUCAGCCUGACACACCUGCAGCCACUGGAUUUUAAUGCAUUACUUAUUUAAACUACCUGAGACAGCGCUUCGACGUGGACAAUGGCACGUCUUCAGGACGGAGUCCCCUGGAUCCCAUGACGAGUCCGGGGUCAGGCCUGGUCCUUCAGGCCAAUUUCGUGCACAGUCAGCGGAGGGAGUCUUUCCUCUACCGCUCCGACAGCGAUUAUGACCUGUCGCCAAAGUCCAUGUCACGAAACUCCUCCAUCGCCAGUGACAUGAAUAACCAACUGCAGAGGCCUGGCCUGGUCUCUCGGAGAUCUGAGCCGGUUAUUAGUGGAAACCAUGGCGAUGACCUUAUUGUUACGCCGUUUGCACAGGUGCUGGCUAGUUUGCGGACGGUACGGAAUAACUUUGCAACGUUAACCAACCUCCAACAAGACCGAACAACCAACAAACGGUCGCCCAUGUGUAAUCAGACACCCCUCACAAAGACCUCCUUUACAGAGGAGGCCUACCAGAAGCUCGCCACCGAGACCCUGGAGGAGCUGGACUGGUGUCUGGACCAGCUGGAGACCCUGCAGACCCGACACUCCGUCAGCGAGAUGGCCUCCAAUAAGUUCAAGCGGAUGUUGAACAGGGAGUUAACCCAUCUGUCUGAGAUGAGCAGAUCGGGGAACCAGGUCUCAGAGUACAUCUCCAACACAUUUUUAGACAAACAGCAUGACGUGGAGAUGCCGACCCCACAGACGCGAGAGGAGAAAGACAAGAAGAAGAACCAGCCCAUGUGUCAGAUUAGCGGCGUGAAGAAACUAAUGCACAGCACCAGCCUCACCAACUCCAACAUCCCUCGAUUUGGAGUCAAGACGGACACAGAAGACUCUUUAGCCAAGGAAUUGGAGGACGUUAACAAAUGGGGCCUUAACGUUUUUAAAGUCACAGAGUUUUCAGGCAACAGGCCUUUAACUGUGAUGAUGUACACUAUAUUUCAGGAGAGAGACUUACUCAAAACAUUUAAAAUACCCUUGGACACUUUCAUAACCUACCUGAUGACCUUAGAAGACCAUUAUCACGCAGAUGUUGCUUAUCACAACAACAUCCACGCUGCUGAUGUCACCCAGUCAACACACGUGCUGCUCUCCACGCCGGCUUUAGAGGCGGUUUUCACAGACCUUGAAAUUCUUGCUGCCAUUUUCGCAAGUGCAGUUCACGACGUCGACCACCCAGGCGUCUCCAACCAGUUCCUCAUUAAUACCAACUCUGAGUUGGCGCUCAUGUACAACGAUUCAUCAGUGCUGGAGAACCAUCAUCUCGCCGUGGGCUUCAAACUCCUGCAGGAGGAGAACUGUGACAUCUUUCAGAACUUGACCAAAAAACAGAGACAAUCCUUGCGCAAGAUGGUCAUAGACAUUGUUUUAGCUACUGACAUGUCCAAACACAUGAACUUGCUGGCAGACUUGAAGACGAUGGUCGAGACAAAGAAGGUCACCAGUUCUGGCGUAUUACUCUUGGAUAACUACUCAGACCGAAUACAAGUGCUACAGAACAUGGUUCACUGUGCCGAUCUCAGUAACCCCACGAAACCCCUGCAGCUGUACAAACAGUGGACGGAUCGAAUCAUGGAGGAGUUCUUCAGUCAGGGCGAUCGAGAGCGAGAGAGGGGGAUGGAGAUCAGCCCCAUGUGUGACAAACACAACGCAUCAGUCGAGAAAUCUCAGGUGGGCUUUAUUGACUACAUCGUGCAUCCGCUAUGGGAGACGUGGGCCGAUCUCGUCCACCCAGACGCCCAGGACAUCCUGGACACGUUAGAGGACAACAGAGAGUGGUACCAGAGCACCAUACCCCAAAGCCCCUCGCCCGCUCCAGAUCAGCCCGAGGACAGCAAUCGCUCCAGCGGAGCUGAGAAGUUUCAGUUCGAACUGACUUUGGAGGAGGACGGAGAAUCGGACACGGAAAAAGACAGCGGCAGCCAGGCCGAGGAAGAGGAGGACGAGGAUGAAGAGGAGGACGACAACAGCUGCAGUGAUUCCAAAACUCUGAUCACGCAAGACUCUGAAUCCACAGAGAUCCCGGAGGCCGAGGAGGGAACUUCGGAGGAAGUUUCCACGGAGCCCAGCAUGGUAGAAGAGGACGACGACGAUGAGGAGGACGAAGAGGAACAGCCCGCAGACACGUAGCAGCGCGCCGGGACGGCACAGACUCGAUGCCGUGAUGGCAAAUGUAAUAAUUGACAAUGAAAUUGAGUUCCAAAGCGCACGUUGCACUCCGAGACCUCGGCCACUCCUCUCUCGCUCUCCGUUUCUCUUUCUGUCUCUCUUACGAGCUGCCUGGAGACGAGAGGACACUAAGACAUCUGUAGGUUGUCGUUUUAUUUGCACUCAGGAAUAAUAUUUAGUCCUUGGUUUUCUUUCGAGCUUGGUUUUGUUUACCUUCGCCCGGACACCCGUUCUCUGUGAGCUACCAUGAGAAAAUCUCUGGCGACGGGUCGCACGUGACCGUACGGAGGGCUGUUACUGUACACGGCCGCUGCACAAAGCAAUCUGCCUGUAGAGACGACCGCAGGCGCGGUCAGCGGAGAUAAACAGCAGCACGUUUCCUUGAAUUUCAAAGAGACCUUUUUUCUACCGUUUUAAGUCUUCCUAAACUUUGACUGAAACAAAUGUAAAAAGACAAAAAAGCAAGCGGCUCACAGCUGUCGUGGCCUCUUCUCAAUGAUUUUGUACGGUAUACGUAAAGAUUUUUACAUGUUACUUUUAAUACCAGAACAACAGCUGUUGUGUUUCAAAGGACUGUAUGUGAAAAGGUAACUUGCGGUCAUCCUGCGUUGUGUCGUGAGUUGGCUGCUGUGUCACAAACCAUCUUUCACAUUUACCAGCUGAAUUUAUAUGAUUUUGAUAUUUGUUUAAAUGGUUUUCUUUAUAAAAGACGUACCUCCGAUUACCCUCUAAAUUUAGUUCAAAUGCUUUAUGUAGAAACACAGUGAUUUUGGCAACACUUUAAAGCUUUUAAAGGGGUCAUAUGAUGUGAUUUCAUUCUUUGGCGUGUUUAAAGCUGUUUGUGCAUACAGAAGAUCCGUAAAGUCGCAAAGAUUAAAGUCUCAAACCCAGAGAGAUAUUCGGUCUAAAAGUAUAUUCGGUCAAACACGCCCCACAUAUCUACAUCACCGUGUGGAAAGAUUUGCAUAACACCGUUCACAUGUAUGUGUAUGCGCAUAAAGACGGCGUAACUUUUAUUCUCGCUGUAGUAGGAUUGUUGUCGCCGAGAUGCUGUGCUUUGGGAGCUGAUAUUCAAAAUAUGGUAAGCGGCGUAACAUUUCCCUCACACCCUUGAGGCAAUCGGCCAAUCACAACGCACUGAAUAGCUGGUCAUUCAGAGCACACCGCGCUUUUCAAAACAAUGAGCUUUGUAAAAAUCCAUGUGUUUCAGUAAGGCGGGAGCAACAAUAAUGUACGGUAUGUGAAAAAUAAUGUGUUAAACCGCGUAAAUACACAAAAUAAUGUGCUUUUUACCAACAUCAUAUGACACCUUUAAGCUUGUGUUAUAUCAUACAUUAUGAAAGUAUUUCUAAUACAGUCAUAAUGCCUUAUAAUGCACCUCACAAUUGUGAAAGCACACACAGUUAUAAUACUUUACUUUUAAUAGUUUGGCCUUUGAAAAUAUGUUAAAUUCAUUUAAUGUCAUAUUGUGUGUUAUAAUGCAUUACACUGCAAAAAUGAUUUUCAAGAAAAAAUGUUCUUAGUAUUUUUGUCUUGUUUUCAAUAAAAAUCUAAAAUUCUAAAAUUAAAAUGCUUUUUCUUGACAAGCAAAACGACCCAAGAAAAUAAGUCUAGUUUUUAGACCAAAAAUAUCAAAUUUAAGUGAUUUUGUGCAUAAAACAGUCAAAAAAUUUUAAGAAAAUGUUCAAGAUUUUUUUGCUUAUCCCAUUGGCAGAUUUUUUUGCUUGUUUAAUCCACAAAUUAACUUAAAUUUGAUAUUUUUUAUCUAAUAACUAGACUUAUUUUCUUGGGUUGUUUUGCUCAUCAAGAAAAAGCAUCUUAAUUUAAGAAUUUUUUAAUAUUUUUACUGAAAACAAGACAAAAAUACUAAGAAUUUUUUUUCUUGAAAAUCAUUUUUUGCAGUGUAUAAAAUAAUUAAAUGCAUUAUAACCACACUGCAAAAAAUUCUAUUUUUUCUUAGUAUUUUUGCCUUGUUUUUAGUACAAAUAUCUAAAUUAAGAUGCAUUUUCUUGAUGAUCAAAAUUAUCUAAGAAAAUAAAUCUAGUUUUUAGACCAACAAUCUGCCAAUGGGGCAACAAAAACACUUAAUUAAAAAAAAACAUCAAGGUUUUUUUGCUUGUUUUAAGCACAAAUUCACUUAAAUUUUAUAUUUUUAAUUUGAUGUUUCUAAAAACUACACUGCAAAAAAUGAUUUUCAAGAAAAUAUUUUCUUAUUAUUUUUGUCUUGUUUUCAGCAAAAAACUUCUUAAAUUAACAUGUAUUUUUCUUGAUGAGCAAAACAACCCAAGAAAAUAAGUCUAGUUUUUAGACCAAAAAUAUUAAAUUUAAGAGAUUUAAAAAAUCUGCCAAUAGGGGAAGCUAAUUUUUCUUGAGAUUUUCUUGAAUUUACUGUUUAAGAAAAAAGUUAAAGAUUUUUUUUGCUUACCCCAUUGGCAAAUUUUUUGUCUUAAAACUCGACUUAUUUUCUUGGGUUAUUUUGCUUGAGAAUUUUUAUUAGAUAUUUGUGCUUAAAACAAGACAAAAAUACCAACUAAGGAAGUCAUUUUUGCAGUGUAAGAAAAAAAUCUUGAACUUUUAUUUCUUAAACACUUAAUUCAAGAAAAAAAUCAAGAACAUUUUUCUUACACCAUUGGCAGAUUUUUUUGCUUUGCUUGUUUCUAAGCACAAAUUCACUUAAAUUUGAUAUUUCUAAAAACUUAACUAGACUUCUAUUUUCUUAGGUCAUUUUGCUCAUCAUGUAAAUGCAUCUUGAUUUAAGAUAUUUGUAUUGAAAACAAAGACAAAAAUACUAAGUAAGAAAGUCAUUUUUUGCAGUGCACAGAUAUACUAGUAUAUCAUGCGAUGCCUUUCGAAACACACAUACAGUACGUUAGCUGUUUGAUAUAACAUGACUUCAUUUCGAGUCAAAAAUAUUCAAUGAUUCAUUGCAUUAUUAGAUCAGAGAUCUUAUAUUAGGGCUAGAUGCAGUUCAGCGUCAAAUAGCAUAUUUUCACGUUUCAUGCCAAAACUUCCCUCUCCGACAUGCACUAUGAGACGCGCAUCUUUUAAUAAGAAAUGAUUUAUGUGGUUUUAUUUAUUGUUUAUGUUUUGCUUCUGUUUAAAGCAGUACUGUAGACCAUCAACUGUAGCAUAGAGAGUGAGCACUUGCAAGUUACCAGAUCUAGCGUAUGUUUGGUUGUGUACAUAGAUCAAACCUUUUAAAAGUCUGUACUAGAAAAUAUGAUCUGCUCACAGAAACUUGAACUCUGGCUUUUCAGUAGGACUGAUUUUGUUUUAUAUAUAUAUAUAUAAUAUCUAUAUUUUUAUUUAAGUUUCGUGCCAUGAUAUUUCUUUCCUCACCAGAUGACCUUACUUAUAGGAUUUUGUUGUUGUUUUCUCGCUGUUUACAAUAAUGUAUUUAUUUCGCUGUACAUAUUGUAAUGUUGGCCGUACGAGGACAGAUUUUAAACUUCAUCCCAGAUCCGGAUGGAGUUGCUGUAUUUCGUAAACUCUUGUUGAGAGAGAAUGUUUAUUAUUAUAAAUAUUAUCCGAUGUACAAAGAAAUCAUAUUCUGUAUAAAAAGAAAAAAGAUAAAAAGUCACCUUGGAGAGAACUGGGGGAAAGCCAAACAAUAUGAGAAAAGUCGCAUUGGUAUUUGGCCCCAGGGCUGUGCCUUAAACUUUAAAAUGUUUGUCUGUCUAUCUGUAUACACGUUAGAGAGUCCGAGAGUGUCUAACCCAUUUGCUUUCAGGGUUUCAGGGCUUAGGACGUUCACAUUCAUUCGUUUAUGGCACAUAUAGUAAACGCCGCUGGCAUUGUAUGCAAUGCAGCGGAUGCAAUAGACCCUGCAGAUCUGCGCAGUUUUAUCCUAUAGGUGCUUAGAUGCUUGUGAUGAUCUUUCUGCUGUUCUUGAUCUUUGUUCAGGUACGUCUCUUACCUUCAUCUCAUCCAGCCUCGUCUUUCACGUUUCCGAUGUGAAAUAAGCAGAUUUUCUGACACAUACUGUAGAUUUUAGCAGCCCUGGACCAAAGCCAAUAGUGGCUAUUAUUAUUAUUACUGAUAUUUUUCAAUGUCAUUUAAGGGAUUCAUGAACUGAUAUUUUAACAUAAGUUCUGCUAAUUAAACCUGAUAUGGACUUCUUUCAUUGGCACCUUUGUCUCUUUUAAGGAUACUGUAGAGAAACAUCUUCAACCGGUUUUAAAAUCCAUCAACUAAAAAGACAAUUUUAUAUGCAACAAGUGAAAUAAAAGCAUGGGUUGAUUCCUCA